GGUGAGCUCUAACCCGAAUUUUGCACUGCAGGAAGCAGCAGCAAGUGCUUGGGUACCCAAAUGCUUCUUUUACAUUUUUGCUCUUGCUUUUUUCCUUAAUGUUUUUUAACUCAAACCGAAGGUGUUUGAAAGGGCAGCCCUGUGGGCAGAGAAAUAAUUUCUCCAUGCAAGAUGCGCUGUGGCAAUAAGGGGCCACCUCACCUGAAAGGAUGAAACCGACAGGUCACUCCUUUGGUCCAAGAAGUGGAAAAAAAAUAGAAAAGAUAAGAGAAACAGCAACAAUAACAACAACAAAAAAAACCCUCGCUGAAGGCGUAAGCUGAAAAAUAUGGCAACAACUAGAUUUUUUGCAACAGCCCCACUUAAAAAAUCCUGUAAUGAUUCAUAAUGACCCAUCCAACUAAAACCAGGAGUACCGAUGACCUACCCGUCAGCUUUUAGCAUCCUGCUAACAAGCUUAAAAGCACUGGUAAGGAGAAGAGUUUAGCCACAACCAGCUUGAAGGAGGAAAAUCGGAUCUUGCUUUUAGGGGAACGGUUGUCUUUGCGGAAGAAAGACAAAUGCAGAUCAUCCGGUGGCUGUACCUCUCCGGGCUGGUGUUUGCCGUGCUGAUCCCGGCAGGGUGGCAGAUGGGCCCCAAGGACUUGGAUGACACAUCCAGAUGGCAGUCACACGAAUCCCAAAGCGCCCGAAGCUUCGCGUCCAACAUCAAGCGACACUCGGAAGGCACCUUCACCAGCGACUUCACCCGCUACCUAGACAAGAUGAAGGCCAAGGACUUUGUGCAUUGGCUCAUCAACACCAAGCGGUACAGCUCCACGAAGAGGUACCUGAAGGAGGAGCACCGCAGCAUCCCCUUCCCGGCUGCGUUCCCGCCGCUCGUGUACAAUUAAAUGGCAAAUCGAGGCAUUGGCUUUCCAGCAGCAUCAGCCAGGGAAUGUUGGACCCCUCCAGGGCCGGCAGUAGUCGGAUGCUCCCCGGGAAGGAUUUAUCCACCACACGCAGCUGCAUUAACCCAUUCAGUGUUUCCCAGUUGCCUCAUCCCAUGGAUCAGCCUUCCCUCCAAACCUGGAUUUCUCCGGCUUCGUUUUCUCUGUAACCGUUCCCACAGCGCUGCAGAUCCUGCAGCUUUCCCUAAAUCGUAAUAAAACCUUUGCUAAAUGC